AUGGACGGCUUUGACGUUUCCAAGGCUCCUCCCGAGUACCGAGCUGUUGAGUCCAUUGCCAACCUCUUCGUCCUUGGCAUGGGUGUCGGCUGGCUGAUCAAUUAUGUGGGGAUGGUCUACAAGUCAUUCAAAGAUAAGACCUAUGGAAUGGCCAUUAUGCCAUUGUGCUGCAAUAUUGCCUGGGAAGUUGUGUAUGGCAUAAUUUAUCCCUCCAAGAGCUGGGUGGAGCAAGGUGUUUCUCUUGCAGGCCUUAGCAUCAAUUUUGGUGUUAUGUACGCUGCUGUUAGAUUUGCACCAAAUGAGUGGACUCAUGCCCCUCUGGUGAUGCACAACCUUCCACUUAUCUUUGCUAUUGGAAUGUUCGGUUUCUUGACUGGUCAUUUGGCCCUGGCAGCGGAAAUCGGUCCCUCUCUUGCUUACUCGUGGGGGCCGUGUAUCGGAGGACUUUGUCAAUUGCUUUGCAGGGGGAGCACACGUGGAGCUUCUUACACCCUAUGGCUGUCUCGUUUUUUUGGAUCGUCAUGCACGGUGGUAUUCGCAUCCCUGAGAUGGAAAUACUGGCCUGAGUCGUUUGCUUGGUUGAACAGUCCCCUUGUUCUGUGGAGCUUGGCUGUCUUUCUUCUCACAGACGCCUCUUAUGGUGUCUGCUACUGGUAUGUGAGACGGUACGAGGAGUCACUCGAGGGAAAGAAUAAGCAAAUAUAA